AGUGUCUUCCCCUUCCUACAUUCCCUCGGCGUGAAAGAAAGAGAGAAAUCUUCCCCAUCUCGUCGUCUCCUCCGCUCCUUGCGCCCAAGACGAGCCGCGGCUGAGCAGGGGAGGGGCGCGCCGAUCUCCAUCCGGCGAGCAGAGCAGGGUAGGGGAUCCUGGAGGCAACAUCAGUUUCGCUGCAAUCUGACAAAGUGGAGGGUCUAAAAGUUGAAGCUUCUUUUAUGUCUGAACAAGACUUGCUUUACUUGGGAUCAGUUGGAUUGCUUGGAGAAUAUUCUCGGACAACGAGAAAAAGGCACAAGCUCUCGCUUGGAAGGCCCUGCUGCGCACUGGUUUCUGCUGAUUCAUUUCAAGGAUACAAGACUACUGUUCCUUUUGGCUCUUGGUGCUUCUGAUAUUAUCUCAGCGAAAGAAAAUUAAUCCAAGAUGGCUCUGCAAAACAUUGGUGCUUCAAACCGUGAUGAUGCCUUCUACAGGUAUAAGAUGCCCAGGAUGAUCACCAAAAUAGAAGGCCGUGGCAAUGGCAUCAAGACUAACAUUGUGAACAUGGUGGAUAUAGCAAAAGCCCUAGCCAGGCCUGCUUCCUACACAACAAAGUACUUUGGAUGUGAGCUUGGUGCACAGUCUAAAUUUGAUGAGAAGACUGGUAUUUCCUUGGUUAAUGGGGCACAUGAUACUGCUAAGCUGGCUGGUCUCCUUGAGAACUUCAUCAAGAAGUAUGUCCAAUGCUAUGGAUGUGGCAACCCUGAGACUGAGGUCCUAAUCUCCAAGACCCAGAUGAUUACACUGAAGUGUGCUGCCUGUGGUUUUGUGUCAGAUGUUGACAUGAGGGACAAGCUCACAACUUUUAUCCUGAAGAAUCCACCUGAACAGAAGAAGGGUGCUGGGAAAGACAAGAAGGCAAUGAGGAGAGCUGAGAAGGAGCGUCUAAAGGAAGGUGAGGCUGCUGAUGAGGAGAUGAAGAAGCUAAAGAAGGAAGCAAAGAAGAAAGGUGCAUCCAAGGAAAGUACCUCCUCUAAAAGUGGUGCUGGGAAGAAGAAGGCUGCUGCUGGCUCUGAUGAGGAUCAUUCAAAUUCACCAACUCGCAGCCAUGAUGGUGACAAUGUGGCUGCAGAUGAGGAUGAUGAUGAUGAUGUCCAGUGGCAGACUGACACUUCGUUGGAGGCUGCAAAACAGCGCAUGCAGGAACAACUGAGCGCUGCAACUGCUGAGAUGGUAAUGCUGUCCACUGAAGAACCUGAGAAGAAGAAGAAGCAUGAGGCCUCACACAAGGAGGGUGCCUCCAACGGAAGUACAAAACAUGUGGUUGAAGAGGCUAAAAGCAGUCCUUAUGAUGAUCUGGUCAAGGAGAUGAAGGAUAACUUGAGCAAGGGUGCCAAUGCUGUUCAGCUCAAGGGUCUGAUGACUUCCUCAGCGCUGCCACCCCAGGAUGCUAUGAAUGCUCUUUUUGAUGCACUCUUUGGCGGCCUCGGCAAAGGAUUCGCCAAGGAGGUUGUGAAGAAGAAGAAAUUCCUCGCUGCUGCUGUGCCUGAUGAAGCCUCCCAGAUGGUCCUGCUGCAAGCGCUGGUGGCCUUCGGCGCCAAGUCAAGCCCCGAAGCUGUGAAGGAGGUGCCGAUUGUUCUCAAGGCCCUGUAUGAUGGGGACGUCCUGGAUGAAGAAGUGAUAACUCAGUGGUAUAAUGAAUCUGUUGCUGGUGGCAAGGAGUCCCAGGUGGUGAAGAAUGCCAAGCCGUUCGUGGAGUGGCUCCAGAGCGCGGAUUCUGAAUCUGAGGAAGAGUGAUGCGCCGAAUCUCCUCCCAAUCAUCGCCUACUUCGCCUUAUCGUCUUUUCAGUAUUUCGUUCGUCAUGAGUAUUUCCAGUUCGCGUCAUGAGUGCUUCGAGUUUGUUUGUGCUGUGCGCUUUCUUAUCUGUAAUGUUGGUCAAUAAAUAAACCCAGAGUCCCAGACAGUCCUCAGAGACUAUGUGGUGUCACACUCCAGCUGGAGAUCUUUUUAUUUAUCAAACCUUAAUGUGUUUCACGUGUCAAUGGUUAAUAUCGGAGUCUCAUGUUGGCUCUUGUGAGAUUACUGGCUGCAUCUGUUACUUGCUUGAUAUUAUCUGUGUUAAUAUAUCUUGCGCUGUGUUCUUA